AGUUGCCACGCGCGAAUUAGUGUAAUACUCCGCCUACAUUAGUUCUCGUCAGUGAUGCCUGAUUGGGCGCUUUUAGGUCUUAUUGUUUUAUAAUUUGAACAGAAUAGGAAAUAAUUGAGGGGCUCCUGAUUUUCAUAGCUGUGUUUGUCAAAAUCGAACUGCUUUUACAUGUUGAAAUAACAUUGUUAGAAUAUGACCGCGCGAAGUUUACAUAUGACCAUGCCCAAGUGCGCGAUAAAUGUAUAUAUUUGCAUAAAGCGACGCCCCUUUUCACUGCGAUUCUGCAGAAUAGCAACACAGUGUAUGUAGCUGGGACAGAUUUUUAAAGGGAUUUGGGAAAUCCAAAUCAGGAAAAAAAAAAAUUAUAUAUAUAAUAUAUAAAAUCAACACAUGACGUAACAGACACUUUUUAAAGCUGACAGUUUUGUUUCUUUAUAAUAUGAUCCAAUCCUUCAGUUCUUAAACCUGUGGAUAUGGAUAGAAAAAAGAAAUGCGCGACAUCUGUGAAGAGUUUUUCUGGCGACGAUUCCGGCAACACAAGCGAUACGAAAUGCCAAGACCGAAGAAAAACCGGAGUGGUUGAUUCAAAGAGUGCUGCUGAAAGGACGGCUCGAAUCAGCGAUGCCCAGAAAGUGAGUGAGGCAGCCGGCACGAGCUACAUAAGUGAAAGCAGGGCUUCUGCGGCCAAGAUACAGGGACCGAGGCGUGACUUCCCAAAAAUAUGCACCACGACCGGCUCAAGGGGCAACCCCGGAAAGAGGACACCUGCGACAGACGCUGCAAAGCCCAAGGAUCUGCAGGUGGCACCCGCAAGAGCUGCCAGUCUGAGCCCACUUUGCAGAGGUUAUACAAUAAAUCCGAUUGUCCCUUCAUCUAGGGGCGAUGUCAUAUCGGUCGCCCAAGCCAUGCACAGAGAAAAGUUUGGCGAAAGAGUAAAGGAGCUUUUUGAUCCUGAACGUGAAGCAGCACUGAAGGCGAUACAAACAGGUGUGUACAUUGGCUGGAGAUGUCCAGAGUUUACCUGGGACUGCUUUCGAGUUGGUGAUGGCUCAAAGUGUUUUUGUGGACACUUGCUAAAAGAGCACAAGAACUAUACAGCUUUCUGCAAUGAAAAUAUGGAUGAAGGAACUGGAAGCUCAGUCUUUCAUAUGUACUAUUAUUCUUCAACUGACAGCACAUGCUAUCCAUUCAUCUACAAAGGAGAAGGUGGAAAUAACAAUCGCUUUGAUUCUGACAAGGAGUGUAUGAAGAACUGCUCAAGCAAUACCCAGGAUAUCUACCCUGAGGGAAAACAAAUGUGUGUUUUGGAACCUGACCCUGGCAUGUGCUUAGCGAGAAUGCUUAAGUGGUAUUUUGAUACAAAAACAAAGACCUGUCACACCUUCAUUUAUGGUGGCUGCAAGGGAAAUGGAAACAAUUUUGAAACAAAAAAGCAAUGCCAGGAUCUUUGUGCGCCAAGCUCUGGAAGAAUGGGUUCCGGGGGAUCAAAUCAAGAUGAAGAACCAGAUGGUACCUCAACAGAUGAAGGAACAAUUGUGGGAAUUAUAGGAGGCUGCAUGUUCAUCAUUGCACUUAUUGCUGCAAUCUCCUAUUUUGUUAUUUGGAGGAAGAAAACAAAAGCAAAGAAAGGAGCUACUAAACUGGAAAUGGCAUGAAAACUGUAAUGUUUGUUUGCGUGAGGGAAGUUACUUAUGGGGGGGGCGAGGUGAAUUGAUCUUUUUUUUAUUUAACACAGACAAAUUGCAAAUGGGAUGAAUGUAUAAUGCUAAAUAAAAGAUUAA